AUGGAGACUGGAUGUGACAAAGAAAAGGUAAAAAGAACAAGUUUAUCAAUAAAAGAUAAAUUAAAAAUAAUUGAGCAGAUUAAAGCUAGUGAAUCUGCAACAAAUCUUGCAGUAAAAUUUAAAGUCACAAGACAAGCAAUAAAUCGAAUUAAAAGAUCGGAAUCGAAAAUUUUGGCCACUAAAAAUGUCUUGACAAAUUGUGAUGGUAGUUUAACAAAAAAGAAAUAUAAGGCAGCGGAAGACAGCUUGCUGGAUCGCAAACUUUAUGAGUGGUUUAAACAGCGACGAAGUAUGGGCUUAGUAGUUACUGGUGUUAUUCUAAAAAAAAAGGCAUUGCAAUUUAAUAAUAGACUCGGUGGUAAAGAAAACUUUGUUGCGAGUGAUGGUUGGUUGACUUGUUUUAAGUUGAGACAUGGUAUUAAAGAAAAAGUUAUUCAUGGAGAAAAAUUAUCAGCUAACGUGGUAGGAAGUGAAAUAUUCAAAGAAAAAAUGAAAAAUCUCCGUGAAGUGACAGGAAUUGAUCUGAAAUAUAUUUAUAAUUGUGACGAGACUGCCUUGUAUUAG